CUCAUUUGCUGUUAUUUCAUAUUUAGAGUAUUUGGAAUUAAUGUGCUUGUAUUAUGAUUUUCUACAUUGAUUGACAUAUAAAAUGUGACUUACCCUUUUUAUACAAGUUACUUUUUUGAAGCUUAGACAAAGGUCGCAUAUUUAUUAGUAUCUUUUGUGAGGAUGAUUCAUAUUUAAAUUACCAAACAGUUUACUCUUGCGUAUUUUUCGGGAUUCGGACACAACAGGGGGCUUACUCUUGAUUUCAAUUCCGAUCGGUCGACAUUGGAAUUGUGACGUUUCGCACUCUUGAGUUCGAUGCUAGCGCCACAUUGGUUUGAAAUUGCGUGUUCAUUAUGGGGAACUAAUUGAAAUCGGAUUGGGCGCUAAACGGUACUCUUGAGUUUAUUUUGACAGCUGCUUAUUGCGCCAAUAUUACGGUGGGAUUGAUUGUUGAUUGUGAUUUUUCCAAUUACUAAAGAGUAACUUUUAAGAAAUUGUUUUGUGUUUUACGUGGUUUUCUUUCGAUAAAAGUGUUUAAUAUGGCACGAUUGGCGGUAAUGUACAGUGUUUCGUUAAAUUUCCAUAAAAAACAACUGAAACAAAGACGAGAUGAGCGUCGGAUGAUGCGUUAUACGGAGAAAGCGUUUUCGAUGAAUGAAAACGAGUUUAAAGCCAAUUAUAGGGUGAGCAAGGAUUUGUUUCACGAAAUAUUCGAAAACAUAAAGCCUUUUAUGCAAUCCCCUAAGAGAAGAAGUGAUUUAUUACCAAAAUAUAAGGUUUUAGUGGCAUUGUCCUUUUAUGCUACUGGGAGUUACCAAAGGCUAGUUGGAGGCAGUUAUGGGACCCUAAUGAGUCAGCAAUCUACUUCUCGUUCUAUUCGAGAGGUAACAGCAGCUCUUAACCAUCCCUUAAUACAAAGGAAAUGGAUCAAGUUUCCUCAAACUCGUCGUGAAAGAGAUGCUGUAAAACUGAGAUUUUUUGAAAAAUUCAGUAUACCAUCUGUUAUAGGAUGCAUUGAUGGCACUCAUAUAGCCAUAAUUAGACCAUCAGAAAAUGAAGAGAGAUUUUUUAAUCGCAAACAUUUUCAUUCAAGAAAUGUUAUGAUUGUUAGUCAAUAUUUUUGGUUAUUACUGAAUUGUAAUUCAUUGCUUAUGAAAUUAGUUAAAUAUCUUUGUUUUAUAUAUUUUCAGAUAGCUGAUUCAGACUUAAGAAUACUGUCAGUAGACGCUUCAUUUGGAGGAGCAUCACAUGAUAGUUUCGUCUGGAAUCAGCAUCCUGUGAAACAACAUUUAAUUGAAUUAAAUAAUAAUGGGGAAACUGUAUUUUUACUAGGUGAUUCCGGGUAUGCCCAGAGGGAAUACAUGAUGACACCUAUUGUAGAUGCUCAUCAAGGGUCCCCUGAGGAAUAUUACACCAAGUUACACUGCACUGCACGGAAUACCGUAGAACGUACCAUUGGUGUCCUCAAAAACCGGUGGCGGUGCUUAAUCGGGCAUAGGGUUCUACAUUAUCAUCCUGAUGUAGCAGCCAAAAUAAUUAAUGCUUGUUGUGUUUUACACAACAUGUGUAUCAAUAGGAUUUAUUUUGACCAAGAUGAGAAUACAGCUGAAUAUGGGAAUGAUUACCCAACUGUAACUUCUCAAGAAUCAACUAGCAGCACAGCUGCUGAACUAAGACAAGGCAUCGAAAAGCGAAAUGUUUUAGUUCAGCAGUUGUGGGCAAGCAGAAGGUAGCCUAAAACUUUAUAAGGUUCUCAUCGUACCUUAUAAAGGUGAAGUGGUAGAAAGCUAAGUAGGUAGGUUUAUAAUAUAUUAUUAUAGGUGUAAAAGCAUUGUUUCAAACUAUUUUUGCAUGGUAGUAUUAAAAUAACAUAA